AAUCACUUCCGCCAUUUUGCAUUUUGACAUGUAAACAUACAAAGUAAAUAUGUCCAGGGAUUCAAAUAAUUACAGUCAAAGCUACAAGCUUGUCGUCGUUGGAGGCGGUGGCGUAGGAAAAAGUGCUCUUACAAUUCAGUUUAUACAGUCAUAUUUUGUAACAGAUUAUGACCCAACAAUAGAGGAUUCCUAUACAAAACAAUGUGUUAUCGAUGAAGUAGUGGCAAGACUUGAUAUUUUGGACACAGCAGGACAAGAGGAGUUCUGCGCAAUGAGGGAGCAGUAUAUGCGAUCUGGGGAGGGGUUUUUACUAGUAUACUCAGUCACAGACAGGGCAAGUUUUAAUGAAGCAUACAAAUUCCACAAACAGAUUUUACGAGUGAAAGACAGAGAAGAAUUUCCAAUGAUACUGGUAGCCAACAAGGCAGAUCUAGAGCAUGCACGGGUGGUUACAAGAGAAGAGGGCCAGGAGUUCGCUGCUCAGUUAAAGAUUAGUUAUAUUGAAGCCAGUGCCAAAGUGCGGAUGAAUGUAGACAAAGCUUUUUAUGAUCUGGUUAGAAUUAUAAGGAGAUUCCAAGCGAAUGAAAGUCCACCAGUCAAACCUCCUAAACGAAAUAGAAAGUGCACCAUUUUAUGAUGGCAUGUAGACUCUUUACUCAAUUUUUUUUUUUAUCUUGACAAGUUAUACCCACCAGAUGUAACACAAGAGAAUCGAAAGCUUUGUUGUGUAUCAUACAUGUGAAGUCAGCCUCAUUCUGGUGAUGACAAUCCAAGUCUUGGUCGUCUGAGUGUUUGAAAGCUGCAUUCUCCUCUAUGUUGUGGUCAAGCUUCAAGCAAGAGUCAAUACUCUGUAGAUUUAUGUGCAUCAUGCUCACAACAUUGUUAUACACAAAGUAUAUGUAUGUAAUGUCAUUGAAGAAGGAAAAGUUUACUGUGAAUUGUUUAAUUUUUGUAAAUGAAUAGAAAAUGUAACUUCUUUCAUUAUAUGGAUUUUUUUAUAAAGAUGUUAUAUUAACAUAAAAGAAUUGAAAAGUCAAAUCUUCAUAUAUACAGUCAAACCUGUGAUAUUUUACUUCUAUAGAGAAAAUAUUAAAGGGUGGUAUAGAAUAGAUAUUGUCUUAAUACAGGUAACCAUGAUUGAAGUUAUAAGAUAUGAAUGAGAAAAGUUUGUUUUGUUUUUAUUAUUAUUAAAAUUCUAGAAAUGCAGAGUGAAUUCAAAUGAAUUGGCUUCAGAUAUUUGAAAUAACAAUAAAGUUUGAAUCAACAAA